UCGUAACUGACGUCGAGCGCAUUCAUUAACGAAGUCAUCAGCCGUGACUACCGAUUCUUUACAUUAAAUCAAAAUUCUUGCUCUUAUCAAAUCUUGAUACGAUCACAACUGUCUAAGAUUAUUCCGUCCUUAUCGGACGUCCAGAAUUUGGACUCGAUAGAAAGGGACGGUGAAUCGAAGUUUUAGGUGUGGUUAAGAAAAAUUAUGCCGUCGUGCGUGCCGCGAUCAGUGUUCGUCGGUUCACCUGACGUGCGGGCGUGCGAUCGAUAGCGCACGGUGCGGCACUAGCCCGUUUAAAAUUCGAACGGUCCGAAUUCCGGGAGGCCAAUAGCCGUCGCGCGAACUCUUUGAUCGUAGCGCAAUAGUGAUGUGUGUGAUGUAAAAUCUUGUUGUCGAUAGACACAGACACGGUGAUCGUGACAAACAUGAUGACUAUGGAUGUCGGGAUGUACAACAACCAGCAGAACGGGUACGGGAGCGCCGAGUACUACCAGCAGGGUGCAGCCUAUCAGCCGCCAUACGAGGGCUACCAUGAGGGGUACUACGAGACUCCAGGACACUAUUACGAACCUUUAUUACACGGACAAACACACGAGCAUCCUCCUACACCUGUUAUAAGUACAGACACUGGUUUAUGUUAUACUAAUCUAGAUUAUGGUGAGCUGCAACCGAACUAUCCGAUUCAUACGUUGCCUCCUCAUCCGGAGCCGUUUAAGCACAGAGAAGACGUGCCCAGGCAUGAGGAGAUGGUAAUGCACGAACAUAAGCUAGACAAUCACUAUUUGGAGACGAAGUACAACAUGCACUUUGUGGAUGAGACCUCGAUGCAGUACAACCACGCGGGGUCCCCCCUCCCGUGCCCGGAGUUCGAGCACUACCAGCCUAAGGAUGAGUUCGGAGGGCUGCGGGAUGGGUUCCCGCGGGAGGAGUGCAUGAGCUCGCACAGCCACCUGCAGGGCCACCAGGCGCACGCGUCGCAUACAACCGUACCCACGUAUAAAUGGAUGCAGGUGAAGAGGAACGUGCCCAAACCAGCCGCUCCCAAAUUGAUGAUUCCUCCGACGGAAUUCGUCAGUCAAGGCGGCAUCGGCAGUCCACAGGAAGGUCUGCGAACACCCACUGGCAGCCAAAUGCUGGCCAACCCUCUCCUCAACCUGAACAACACCGGCCGAACCAACUUCACCAACAAACAGCUCACAGAACUUGAGAAAGAGUUCCACUUCAACAAGUAUCUGACGAGGGCGAGGAGAAUAGAGAUAGCCUCCGCCUUACAGCUCAAUGAGACUCAGGUCAAGAUAUGGUUCCAAAAUCGACGAAUGAAGCAAAAGAAGCGGAUUAAAGAAGGGCUGAUAGUUGCCCCCGAAGUCGCCCCCACCUCGACCUCCCAACCCAGUGUCGUAGGCUCCAGUGAGAACAGCCGCGAAUCUAGCUAAAUCCAUUGUUUUCAAAGACGAUUAUUCGAGUGAACUGUUGGUCUUAUUGAUACGCAAAAUCAUAACGUUUUUAUCAUUUUCAAAAUGUUGACUAGUACAGAAUAGAUUAUGCUCUUUUGUGUGGUUUGGUGUCUUGAUUUUUAUUGUGUUCAUUUUAUUUACGAAUCCAUGUUUAGUAGCUAGAUCAUAUUAUUACAAUAGUUGUAAUAUUACUCUGGGAAAACACCACAUCUGUGUCAACUCUCUGAAAGCUUUUACAAAAUAAAAAAUACGUGUUGAUACAUAAGUUUCGUACCUAACGUUCAAAGUUCGAAUGAGAGUGCAAACAAACACGAUGACAAUUUAUACAUAUAUCUGCUUAUCCUGAGACAGGAUAACACCAGAUCAAAAAUAUAAUAACUGCUGCAAAUAAUAUAAUUUCAUUAUCCAAUGAAAAUUAGAUAGAGCGUAGAUUGUUUUUAAUGAAACAUUUGUCUUUGAAAAUAAAACUUAUAUCAGAAGAGAUUAUUGUAAUGUUAUUGUAAAAGAUAUAAAGGCUCAAUUAACCUGACUAGUGUAAACCAACGGAUGUGUCAACGUAAUGAAUUUUCUUAGAAUUUAAAUGUAAAUUUCAAAUCAUAAGCUAGGUGUUACUUGUAAGUUCAGCCGCUGUUCUACUAAAAUGCUUUUAGGAUCGUCCAUUAGGAGAUACAUAUUUAAGAACAAUAUCAUUAGGAUUUGUAUUUUUUUAUUUAUUUUUAAUGAUCCUUAUUACUUCUAAACCAAAGCUUGUUUUUGUUUAAUUUAUUUUACAAAAUCAGUAACAUGUCUGAAUGAAUGUUCUGUUUCUGCAUUAAUAUUGUACUUUCAUGAAAUCUUUUGCCUUUGAUUUUAUUUUGUACGUCUUCUUUUAUAUUGCUGACAUUCGUAUUAAAUGUUUAAAACAUUCAUUUGUAAUGUAAUUGACUGUGAUUUCAAUACCUUUCUGCAUUGUCCGAUACAUAUUUCCAUCUGCAUUUAAACUCCAGUUCUCUUGUAUGGACUGUUUCAUCACUAUGAUGGGCUACACUCAAUAUAUUUAUUAAAUUCCUGCUUUCUGCUUUACAUAAGUGUGAAAUUCCUUUAAAAUUAUUUGUUAAGAUAAGACUUUCUUUGAUUGGACAUUAUCUAUCUUCGUUACUAACAUUUGCAGUUUUGUCUACAUUGAAUAAGUUUUUCAAUAGUACGUUGACGAUACUAGUCUUUAAUUUUGUAACUAUAUUGUGUACAAAUAGUAUAAUGUAUAUACCAGUGGUGUGUUAGGUCAGUCUGAGUGUAAAUUAUGUAUUAAGAUAGUGUCUACUACUUUUAUCAUUAAAUUAAUUGUACCUAUUUUCA